CAUCAGAAUCCAACCCCAGUCGCCAUAAUUUGAUUUCUUUCCUCUUCAUUUCCCUCUUCAGCAGUUCUCCUCAGUCUCUUUCUGUGUAUUUUCUCUCCAUGGUACAAGCAAACAUGUUGCCACCAAAUGUUGUGGGUUCAACCGUUACCACGGGCUGACAGUAGAGAGAAGGAAGAAAUGAGUUAGGGAAGAUUAUGUAGGAGGUCUGGGGUCUCGGACGUGGGCAGCGUUUUUUGAAGAAGAGGAAUGUAUCAGACAGUCGGUAAACAUCGCCGGUAGCUUGAAAACACACACACACCUUCAGACGCAUGAACACACACAUAGUUCCAUGCAGCUCCCGAGGGUUUCAUUGGGAAUUUAGGACAACGUGUCUUCGUUCUGAUCAUACAGGAGCACAUAUCUCACCAGCUGUCUCUAUGGCUCUCCGGUGCUGUGCCGUGUUGGUGCUGCUGUGUGUUUUUGACUCUGCCUCAGCCACAACACUGGCUGACAUGGACUACGGAGGUGUUCCUCUGUGGAUUAAUCGCCUGCUGGGUGAGCCCAGUGUGGUGAGCCUGCAGGGGCGGAUUGACCGAGCCUGGCUCCGGGCCAACAACCCCCAGACCUGCCCUCAGCAGUGCGACUGCCCCAUCCAGUGGCCCACGGCGCUCUACUGCGACCACAGAGGCCUGGCGGACAUCCCUGACCGCCUGCCGGACACAACUCAGUACCUGUUUCUACAGGGCAACAACAUCUCGUCCCUGUCCUCCUCUGUCCUGACCAACAUUACUGAUCUACGCUGGCUCAUCCUGGACCACAACCAGCUGCAGAGCGACCAUCUGGACCAGGUCGAGCUGCAGAACCAGAUCCAGCUGUGUUACUUGUUUGCCAACCACAACCACCUGACAUCAGUGCCCAACGCUCUACCGGCUGGACUCAAGCAGCUGCGACUGGCCCACAACCAGAUCAGCAGCAUCAGCCCCGGAGCUUUCAGGAACCUGCACAACCUGACGCUGCUGCUGCUGCAGGGAAACCGACUGCAAACCAUCCCAGAGGGAGACCUCAACGGUCUGGUCAGUCUGAACCAGCUCGACAUCAGUGGGAAUUUGUUCUCAUCUGUCCCCAGGAAUUUACCCCCUUCUGUCCAGCAGCUCUAUCUGUCCAACAACAGUUUCUCUGAGCUGGAUGAAGGCAGUUUUUCGGGAUUUCUCAACCUUAAGUUCCUUCGUCUAAGUCACUGCGGUCUGCAGAGCGGCAGCGUGCACCUGCAGGUCUUCAACUCCUCCAGCUUGGUGGAACUAGACCUUUCUUAUAACAAACUUACAACCAUUCCCACUGUCCCAAGCACCCUGCAGUAUCUCUACCUGGAGGCCAAUGAAAUACAAGAGUUCAACGUGACCAGUUUCUGCAGAGAGGUGGGACCUCUGUCCUACUCCAGGAUGAAGAUCCUACGUUUGGAUGGAAACAAGAUGUCCUACCAACAGCUGCCGUCCGACUGGGUCUUCUGCCUGCGAGUGCUUGAAAGUAUUUACAUCUGAUCCACCCUCUGAACAUGCAACAAAUUAGGGAAAAAAACGUGACUCAGUUUAAGUUUUUUGUUUCGUCGCUAGCCAACUCAUCACUUAUGAAGUCAAAUAACUCAGCCUUACAGCUAUAAACCAGAAAAGAAGACUCUGAUUCAUUAUGUUUCCAACAUGUAGAUACACACCCAGGCACUGAAGGGAAACUGACCUUCAAAAGAUGCCAAAGCUUGAACUUUACAGUAAACCAGUGUUAUUUUAUCAUAAAGCCAAAAGUCCUGAUCAAAACAUUUCUCAUACCAGCAGUGCAUUCCCAUGGGUUCCUCUCUCUCGCGCUCAUUCCUCUUUUCCAAGUUGUGCAUCAGCAGUGUUGUACAUCUGUGUGUUAUUACCGAAUAGGAACUGUGACAAACCCUCUCAUUUCUGACUGUCCACAAUAAUGUGCUCUGUUUAGACUGAGCUGUGUUAGGGGGAAAGGGAAAGAUGCGUGAAUGGCAAAAUUCAGUAGCUUUCCCCUGAGAGAAUCUGACUCAGUUAGCUGGACAGUGUUACACAGCCACACCAAUCCACACAUGGAAUAUAAACUUCACUUUCUCUAAACUUCUUCUUGCUAAAUAUUGUAACUCUGAUUUGAAAGCAGAUGUGCAUGAUCCUAAAACAUGAAAUUUGGUUUGCACAACUAACAGAGAAAUAUGAUAAGAUAAUAUUGUUUACUGCAAUACUUAACGCUAUACUGUAUUUGUUGAAAUUCUCUUUACAUCUGGAAAGCAAUCAAUAAAUCAAAUGCUUUGACAAAAAAAAAAAAAAUCUGAUAUCUGUGGCUGUCGCAGGACUGUAAUAAGCCCGUCCAAUCAUUUCAUUAGGCCCGAAUGAAAUGAUUCGACGGACUAUCUGCCUGCCUCAUCGCACUCUGCUCAUACACUCAUUCCACAUCACCAGAGUCUUCCACAAGCUGCGAGCUUGACAGCUGUAAGUGCUAACCAUGUUCAUUGUUAACGUUCAUUAUGAUAAUUGUGUGAGGGGCUUUGGAGGGAGGCCUGAAAGGACGGACUGUCAAUGUUGCCAACUUGGCAACUUUCUCUCUAGAUUUAAGGACUUUUGGGGCUGCUGGCUACUUUUAUUGGAAAAGAGUUGGCAACACUGAGUUGUAGUUUCAAAAUGUAGCGUACUCUUGCUGGUUUCUCCAAUGUUGCCGACCCCAGCUUUAAAUUGUCAAUACCUGAAAUAAAAGCAAUCUAGAGACAAUAGUGAUUCAUAUUACACCCUUGUUUUUAUGUACCAUAUUAUUCAUACAAUUUAGUUAAUAUUUAUAAUCAAAAACAAGAAUAUAUGACACAUGUUACCAACCUCUUAAAGAGAGAUUAUCUUCUUCUUCUUCUUCUUCUUCUUCUUCUUCUUCUUCUUCUUAGAAAUAAUACCAUUAGAUUAGAUAGAUUUACAAUAGAUUAUGUUAGAAUCAACUGUAUUGCCUACAGUAAGUAGCCUACCAGUGGAAUGCAGUUUAGCAUCUAACCAGUGCAAACGGUACCAAAGUGCAUAUAGGUAUAUGUAAAAAAAAAAAAGAAAAAGAAUGAAUUCACAGAAUGGACAAUAAACCAAUGAGGUAAUAUAGUAAGGGAUGCAAUCUCACAUCUCUAUACAGUAGCUACAUUAUGUCAAAUAUAAACAAGUGGGUAUACACAGUGUAGAAAGAAGACAGAAAAGUUAUAUAUGGUCAGAGUUAAAUUCAGAUAAUGGAUGGAGCAAAUACAGCAGGGACAGAGACCUGUCUGGCAGCAGCACAUAUUUCAGUACUGUACUGUUUACUACCCUGACAUUUGGCCUUUAAUGGUGCAUUAAAGGAUUUGGGUUGACUUCCA